UUGUAGGAAAGUAGAAAGUCUCUUUUGCAUUCUCCGUUUGCUUUGUUGUUGAAAGACUGUAACCAGGACAGCAAUUCAAUGGCGACGCAACUAAGCAAACAACAAGGGAGCUCGAAUCAUGCAGAACCACCAGCAGAUGUUCAAGUUCCAAACGAGAAAAAAUACGAUGUUCAUGUAACCGUUGGAUCAGCUCCUUCUCAAUCCAGAGGUGCCCUAGAAAUAUCGAAGAUGGAAGUGGAUGGACCCUGUAACCCACCAUCGUUGCAAGCUGCAUUCAGGGGCGAUUGGGAAUCUGCUAAAAGAUUCUUCGAACAAGAUCCUGCUUCAAACAUAACCCUGACCUUGCAUUUUCCAACCGAGAAAAAAGAUGAUGUCAAAGAUGAAACCGUUGGAUCCUCCCCUCAAUCCAGAGGUGCCCCAGUGGAAGUGAAUGAACUCUAUUACCGACCAUUGUUGCAAGCUGCAUUUAGGGGCGAUUGGGAAUUUGCUAAAAGAUUUUUCAAUCAAGAUUCUGCUUCAAAGACGACCAAAAUAACACGCAGAUCAGAAACAGUGCUCCACAUAGCUGCUUUGAGUGCACAAGACCAAUUUGUUGAGAAGCUGGUUGAGCUCUUGACUCCAUAUCCGUAUGUGCUUGAAAUGGUUGAUUGGGAUGGCCGCACAGCCCUCCACAUUGCUGUCCUGUGUGGAAGGAUAAGGAUGGUCAAGGUAUUAGUUAGAAGUAAUCAUAAUUUGACCAAAAUUGAAGAUAAUAAAGGACGUGUUCCUUUGGGAAUAUCUGCUCUGGAAGCUUCUAUGCAUAAGGAGAUUGCCUGGUUCUUGGCAGAAAAUACAACUGACAAUGAGCCUGCGAUAGACACCAUUAUAGAUCUCGUCUAUGCUGGCCAUCUAGAUAUCGCCCUUUAUCUAGUCAGGCGGUACCCUCACUUAAUUAUCAAGAAAAAAGGUGGGGAUGAUAAAGAAGAUGAUAAAGAAAGUGAGGAUGAUAAAAAAGAUGACAAAAAAAGUGAGGAUGAUAAUGAACGCUAUUCUAUACUGGACGCAUUGGCGUCGAGGGAGUCUAACUUUCCCAGUGGGACCAGGCUCAAUGUCAUGGAAAAAUUGAUAUACAAAUGUAUUCCGGUGGACUUGAACUACAGACCAACAGCGCUUCAAAGUCUUACAAGAUCACUUCGGAAUGCUGCCAAAAUUGUAGUUCCUAUAGUUAAGAGGAUUCACGAGGUGAAGUUGCGACACAUGGCAGCAGUCGAGUUGGCAAAACAAGUUUGCAAUGCUAUCUCUGAUUGGGAAUCUACCGAGAUCACCGAGUUUAUCCUAGAGCAAGACGUGUUGGGUGAAGCUACAAUAAGGGGCAUCAGUGAAAUCGUGAAGAUACUUAUUCAGUUUUUCCCGGAGCUUAUUUUGGUUUCGCCUGAUGAUGAUAGUGAUGACGACAGGUUGACGACAAGUGCUGUGAAGUAUCGCCAAGAAAGGACUCUCAGACUCUUUUUGAAGGUAAGCUCGACCAAUAAGUUGUCAUUAGUUCCAGGGCCUACAGAGAAAGAAUCGAAGAAGAUGAUGGACGCAGCAGCAGAGUAUGCAGCAGCAGAGUACUACCCUAGUUUCGAUGCAGUAACUAAUGUGGCCGGAGCAGCAUUUCAGAUGCAAAGAGAACUCCAAUGGUACAAGGCCGUGGAAAGCUGGAGUAUCCCUGGUAUGGCAUCCAACUACUACGACAAGAAAACAUAUUGGAAUAAAUUUGUGGACAACCACAAAGAUUUGCUUGAGAGUGGAGAGAAGUGGAUGAAGGACACGGCAAAUUCAUGUAUGCUUGUCUCAACUCUAAUUGCCACAGUAUUAUUCGCCGCUGCUUUCACUGUGCCUGGAGGCAAUAACAACAAUACUGGAGUCCCCUUGUUGUUAGGACAUGAAUCUUUCUUGGUUUUCGCAAUUUCGGAUGCUUUAGGUUUGUUCUCAUCCGUGACGGCCAUCUUGCUAUUCCUAGCCAUCUUAACUUCGCGGUAUGAGGCACAAGAUUUUCUCGAAUCAUUGCCUAGGAAGAUCAUAAUGGGCCUUUCUUUCCUCUUCCUCUCCUUGGCUUUCAUGCUAGUGGCCUUCGCUGCAACUCUCUCAAUUGUGCUGGACAAGAGACCGAAGUGGCUUCUCAUUCCCAUUAUUUUGCUGACCAUCCCCGCAUUUUUAUUCUUAGUACUACAGCUUCCCCUACUACACCAAAUGGUUAAAUCCACUUAUGGAACCAGCAUCUUUCGUCCCGAGAGCAAUUCGGAGUGAGGCAUAAUUAUUGGACGUGAUCACGUGAUUGACGAAUUUGAUUUGAGGGUGUAUAUCUCCAUUAUAGUUGGUUGUUUGUCAUGGGACCAAAGUGAUGCUGAAUGUAUUUCCUCAAUGUAUUUGAACAACUACUAUGCAUUAUGUUUCCUACCUUGUUACCAAAGAUCGAUUUAUAGAAUAAUCCGAUCAAUUUAAAA